AGUCUGCGCAGUAGAGGAGUAGCGUUUGGGCUAAAAACGAAGCUCGCGCCAGAGUAUCUCUCUUCCAAGUAUUCGCCUCCGAAUAAUUUUAACCUACUUCGGUAUAAUGGCCAGAGAUAAUACCUUUCUCGCGGGUGGCGUGCGAUCCUAAGAAAGAGCAGAAUGCGGCCGUGCCCCACCUUCCUGCUGGUGCUGCUGCGCUGGGUGCGGUUGCGCAUGUGCGCCAGACGGUGGCGCUACAGCAAUGGCAACAACAGUAGACUACCGCUGUGUGUGAGACAGAGAUGGGCCUACCUCAAACUGAUGGUUAACUCCCUCUAUUACAACUCCCUCACCAACUCUGACGUCGUCAUGGACUCACUGAUGGAACCCAUCUUCUGGAUGGUGGACCUACUCACCCGCUGGUUCGGGUCGGUGUUUGUCUGUCUGGUGGUGAUACUGACCAGUUCUAUCCUGCUGAUAGCUUACGUGGGUCUGCUGCCCCUGAUUCUCAACACCUACUCUCCACCCUGGAUAGUCUGGCACAUCGGUUAUGGACACUGGAACCUCUUCAUGAUCGUCUUCCACUACUAUAAAGCCACCAAGACCGCCCCAGGAUACCCCCCUACGGUAAAGAAUGACAUUCCGUUUGUGUCCGUGUGUAAGAAGUGUAUCAUCCCCAAACCAGCCAGGACUCACCACUGUGGCAUCUGCAACACGUGUAUUCUGAAAAUGGAUCAUCAUUGUCCGUGGCUGAAUAACUGUGUUGGCCAUUUUAACCAGCGCUACUUCUUCUGCUUCUGUCUCUCCAUGACCCUGGGCUGUGUUUACUGCAGCAUCAGUGGCCGGAACCUCUUCCUAGAUGCUUAUAGUGCUAUAGAGCGCUUCAAACACAUGGACUUGGAUAAAUCAGGUGUCCCGGUGACAGGGAUGGGGCAACUCAUAGGAAUCUUACCUCCUGGGCAGAGCACCUACCAGACCCCUCCUCCUCCCUACACGUUCAGAGACAAGAUGUUCCACAAGAGUAUCAUCUACAUGUGGGUAUUAACCAGCACGGUGGCCGUAGCUCUGGGGGGGCUGACUAUCUGGCACGCAGUGCUGAUAUCCCGAGGAGAGACCAGCAUAGAGAGACACAUCAACAACAAGGAGGCCGAACGCAUGGCCAAACAUGGCAAGGUGUACAAGAACCCCUUUAACUAUGGCAGAUUAAACAACUGGAAAGUCUUCUUUGGUGUGGAGAAGAGAAGUCAUUGGCUGACGCGAGUCCUCCUGCCCUCUGGACAUGCCCCCUAUGGGAACGGCCUGACCUGGGACAUCUAUCCAAUCAGAAAAGACAUGAUUCCCGUCUGAGCCAAAUAGAAAAGAACUGACUUGAGACAUCUACCCAAUGAAGAAACACCUGAUGGCUGUCUGACCCCACAGACUCUGUCUACAGAGAAAACAACAUUUCCCUGUGGCCCCUGCUCCCUACAGGUGCUAAAGACCAAUGACCAUAGACGAGAAGUGGAGUUCUGAGCUGGAGAGUGAAUACUCCGAGGACUACAGGGAUAGCCAGCAGGGAAGAGAUGGGGAAUGUUUGCAGCGCCCAAGUGAAACAAACCUGGUCAAUUCCAUGUAAAAGGACCCAUGAGCACCAACAUGUGAAGUUCAUAGGAGCAUGUCAAAUUGGGUGUCAAAUGAAAGCUAAGAGUCAAUAUUUUUGAGAAAUGAAUGCAUAUAUACAGUUGAAGUCGGAAGUUUACAUACACUUAGGUUGGAGUCAUUAAAACUUGUUUUUCAACCACUCCACACAUUUCUUGUCAACAAACUAUAGUUUUGGCAAGUCGGUUAGGACAUCUACUUUGUGCAUGACAC